CAGGGGGAUAAAAUUACAUUUGUGGAUCUCACAUGGUCAGAAACAUCGAGAAGCAAGCUCUCAGUAUCCACAGAGCUGCAUCAUUGGUUGUGUCGGGAUAAAGACUAACACAUUGCAGAUUUGCCUGAUAUUCUUGAUAAGACGUGGGAAAACGUAUUUUUAAAAAUGGAAAGCGAUAAGCCUCAAGAGGAACAGAAACCAUCAGAAAGUGCGGUUGAUAUUUCUCUCGAAUCGGACGGUGGGAUUUUGAAAGAAAUUUUACGAGAGGGCGAAGGCCACACAAGUCCAUCUCCCGGAGACACCGUGUUUGUUCAUUAUGUGGGGACACUCACAAAUGGGGAAAAGUUUGAUUCCAGCAGAGAUAGGGAAGAGAAGUUCGAAUUUCAGCUGGGAAGAGGUAAGGUGAUCAAGGCAUGGGAUCAGGGCGUGGCAACGAUGAAGCGUGGAGAGCUGGCCAAGUUUUGGUGUAAACCGGAGUACGCGUAUGGCGAGGCAGGUGCCCCACCCAAGAUUCCCCCUAAUGCUACACUUGUAUUCGAAGUAGAAUUAUUCGACUGGAAAGGUGAUGAUAUAACAGAAAGUAAAGAUGGCGGCAUCAUUAAGCACGAAAUAAAGAAAGGCGACGGGUUCAAAACUCCAAAUGAUGGCGCCAUGGUAAAUGUUCAUUAUAGUGGUCUAUACGAGGGUAAAGUGUUUGAAGAGCGCGAUGUAGAGUUCGAGGUUGGAGAGGGGUCAGAAAAGGGCAUUGUAGAAGGUCUGGAGAUAAUUGCGAAGAACUUAAAGAGUGGUGAGAAAGCCAGGUUUGAUGUAUCAUCCCAGUAUGCCUAUGGAGCAGUAGGAAAUAAGGACUUCAAUAUCCCUCCUGGAGCCACUGUGGAGUAUGAAGUGGAGUUGAAGUCCUUUGAAAAGGUGAAGGAAGGCUGGGAGAUGGACACAAAGGAGAAGCUGGAACAGUCCGAGAUUGCCAAAUCUAAAGGAACAACAUUUUUUAAGGCAGGGAAUUAUAAGAAGGCAAUACAGCACUACCAGAAGAUCGUGUCGUACCUGGAGUUUGAGACGAGUCUCGAGGAGGAGGACCAAAAGAAGCGCGACGUGCUGAUGUUGGCGUCACACCUGAACUUGGCCAUGUGCCACCUGAAGUCCGGCGACAGUCUCGGGGCUGUGGAGCAGUGUGAUAAAGCUCUUGAAUUUGAUAAAAAGAGUGCCAAGGCUCUAUUCAGGAGAGGACAGGCCCGAUUCCAGACCAGCGAGUACGAAGAGGCUGUGGUCGAUUACGAGGAAGUGUUGAAGGUGGAACCCGAUAAUAAGGCUGCCAGGAAUCAAAUAGUUCUGUGUAACCAGAAAAUAAAACAGUUCAAAGAUAAGCAGAAGAAGCUCUAUGCGGGAAUGUUCACAAAGUUUGCAGAGCGAGAUGCCAAGAAUGCUCCAAAGCACAAGGUGGAAGAAUCUGCAAACGAAGCCCCAGAGCCGGAGUCCACCAACGGGGAGAUAGAGGUUGAAAAUGGAGGUGACGAAUCAUCUGCCACUGAGACCACAACUGCAGAACCAGCUGAGGCAUAAACUUUGUCUUUGACCUUGUGACGUUUCAUUCGAUGUUACCAUGGUCAUGUCACAUAUUUCCAUCUUAAAAUAAAUCAAGAAUCUGCAUUAAUGCAUUUUGUAAACAAUUUUAUACCUGUCUGUGAUUACCGAUAAGUGUCUAUGAAAUUGAAAUCAUUUUUUAUGGAGUGUACAUUUCUGUUGAUACCUGAAUAAUAGAUGGUAGUAAACUCAGUGUUUGAAAAUGUAGAGAUGAAGCAACUGCAUAAAGAUAAAAGUGUUUGAAAAUGUAGAGAUGAAGCAACUGCAUAAAGAUAAAAUACUGUUUGAGAUAAGGACCACUGAUAAUGAUGUUAGCUGAUUGUUAGUUUCUGAUGGUCAACAUCCAGGGAACUGGUCAGCUGACUUAUACGGGAGUCAGCUGAGUUAUACGGGAGUCAGCUGACUUAUACGGGAGUCAGCUGAGUUAUACCGGAGUCAGCAUUAUACCGGGGUCAGCUGACUUAUAUCGGGGUCAGCUGACUUAUACCGGAGUCAGCUGACUGAUACCGCUACAAGUGUUGUUGAGGAUCUCUCAAUACUGAUUAUUGAUUAGGAACACCAGGUGUCCGUGUCUCACCUGUUGCUGGAGGAAGCCAGAUGUUCAGAUUCAUGGCAGCAGAAUGUGUUAUAGUGACAGGUUAUGUAGAGUACAGUUUGACCCGGGUUCGAAUCCCCACAUGGGUACAACGUGUGAAUCCCAUUUCUGGUGUCCCCAACGUGAUGUUGUUGGCAUAUUGCUAAAAGCGGCUUAAAACCAAACUCAGUCAGUCAGUCAGCCAUUCCACAAAACAAUCUAAGUGCUAAGAUGUCUGUAACUUGUUUUCUCAAAAAUAGAAUGAGGGUAGUCAUAGAACUCUUGUGGAACUAGGUCAUAAUUUACAAGUGAUCUUAGUGCUAAGACAGUCUUAAGUCUUAUACUGUAAAAUCCUGUACAACAGCUCUGUUGUAUGGUUCUGGCCUCCUUGUUGGACACUUGUCCCUUAGUACUGCAUGUGUGGCCUGUGCUCAGAUUCAGGAGUUACUGCCCAUACCGUCAAGAUUAUUAUGUUUCAUCUGGUCCUUGGUCCUGAGAAGUCAAAGAUGGCAAGUAGUAUGGAGUUAUUACAAAGGCAAAUUUGGGGACCAAGUACCUGCAAGAAAAGCAAAUGCAGAUGCUACAACCUUUUCUUAGUACCAUUCAACCAUUCCUCAUAAGUAUGUCUGUAUUGUGUUGUGUGUUUUUCAUCUUCCAUCGUCCCACGUAAAACUGAAGAAACUGUUUUUGUAUCCUUCCAUCUGCCUGCUGACUCUGUAGUCCAAAGCUAAAGAUAUAAUCAAAAUAUUUCAUGUUUAUUAAAAAUAGUCAGUGUAUUGUCAUGAUGGCGAAGAUACGUGUAUUUGAAUAAGGGAAGUAACUCUGAUUCUUGCUCUGCUUUUCCGUGUUUUGAUUCCUCUGUCCUUUUCCUUCUAAUUUUGUCAUCACUGCCACAAGCAAUCCAUUCACUGAGAAUAUGGCACAGAAGAAAUAGUCAACCAGUUUUGACAUAAACUGAAACAAGUGAAACAGCGUUUUUAGGGUAUAUUCCUGCUUCGUUACAGUUGACUCGCCUUCAGGGUGAGCAGUGAAUGAAAUACACAGAAAAUAACAUAAAUGGCCUAUCAAGCUUAUCAUGUCUCUCCAUUCCAUCAGCAAGACUGAAAGCUUCACCACACUUUGGAUGUAAUUAUUAUAGGUGAAUAUGUGUGUGUGUUUGAUAGUACAAGAACCGCCAUGCUGUCAGUAAUGUCAGUUUACGAUCGUCAUUAUUAUAUGUAUAUGUUUAGUUUCAUCUGGGACCUACAUUGACACAUAAAGUUGGUAUAAAAUC